AUGACGUAUCAUGAAAAUAAGAAGAUUCGUUGUAUAGCCGUCGAAAUAAUUUCUGGAUUUUUCUUUCCAGCCACCUCGAAGAAAUUAUGGUUGUGCUUCCAGUGUGGCAAACGAUACAUGUGGAAAGACUCGUUGAAGAAGCACCUGAGAGUCGAGUGCGGCAAGGAGCCCACCGCCAAGAUUGACCGUGAAGAACAUCGAAAAUCUUCGAUACAAGAGGCGGCCGGUGAUUCACAAGUGCACAAGAUGCGGGAAGGGUUAUCAGUUGGAGACCUCGCUUCGAAGGCACCAAAGGCUCGAGUGCGGGGUCGAGCCGAGACAGAGCUGCCCAAUUUGCGGGAAAAAACACCAAAUAAGAAAGGAAAUCGACGACGUAAAAAUUUCCCAAAGAAAAGGCUUUUGGCAACGAUGCUGUUGUCGCAGGACGUACAGCAACCUCAGGACAAUAACGAACCGUUAUGGAAUCAAUUACCUUAUCCCGGGAUCCGAGGUUACGAGGCGAGCAGAAGUCAAAGGCGGAAAGAUUCGAAGGAUGCGGGUUCGAAAUACGCUUGCAACAGGUGCGGGAAAACUUACAAGGCGACCACGUCUCUGAGCCGACACAAACGGCUCGAGUGCGGUGUCAUACCUUGCGAAGUUUGCCCGAUUUGCGACCGAAGAUUCAAGCAUCGUUUCGUAUUGAACUCGCACAUCGUUGGGUGCCAGAGAAAAUUGCGGCACAUUAUACAGAAAACCGAUGACUCGCCUGUAUUCACCGAGGAACGGGAGUGAGAAUCAGUUCGUUUCUUGAGAUGUGAUCGAUGCGCCGAAAGUAUUUUUUUUUUUUUUCUAUUCUUGAAACAUUCGAGUUCGCAAUUGUACGAGUUUUUAAUUUUGAACAUCAAUUUUUUUUUUAUUUUUUUAUAUUUCGCGGCACGUGUUGUUGUACUCUUUUUGCUGUUUCUCUCGAAUAAUCUCCGUAUGUUUUUAGAAUGCGUGUUUCGAUUCGAUUUUUAAAGUUUUAAAUAAUUUUUACGUUACGUCGUUUCUCAAAUGUUUCGAGGAAUUUCGUAUCGAGUGAGCUGUUUAUUUGUAAGAUAAAUUUAUAAGGGUGUGCGAAUAUAUAUAUAUAUAUAUGCAUUUAUGUAUAUGUAUGUUCGAGAUAGAUCGUGAAACUUCGGCCGAGAUCGGGUGGGGUUCAUGACAAUUCGGCUCGUUCAACUUCGUGCGAGCUCGUUGAAAAUAGGACGAGUCCGCAGGAUUUUUAUAUACGUUACGUGAGAUCUCAACGAUUUUAUUCGAACGAAUUCCGACUCUCGACAUUUUUCCCAAAAGCUCGAAUUAUCGCCCGAGGGACGAUCCGAGCCACAUCCCUAUAAACUUAUCAUCAAUACUAUGUACAUAAUACAUAACGCAUUUUUAAUACUUAGUGACGAGUGUAAUGUGGAAUGUAUGAAAGUGAGCAAAAGUGUUUGUCGACAAUGUGCAUUAACUCGUAAUGUUAACUCGUUCAUUACAUUCCGCAUACUUUUGUUUCAAUGAAACGUUUCGAUACCAAAAAAAGAAAAAAAGUUUUUGACCAUAACGCUUUAUAUCUCACCGUUUUAUAUGUAUCGAUAAAUAAAAAAAAGAAUGUGAACGAUUAAAAAGGAAAACAACAACAAUAACAA